AUGGGUAUUUUCAAGCAAAUCGGUGCAGCUCUCGGCCGAAAGGCUAAAGAUCCGGUCAAAGCAGCUCCAUCAGUUCUGGAUCGCAUGAAGGAUCAAUUCAACGUCAAAGCCCAGGCUGAUCAGAUUUCCCAAAACAAAGAGGACGCGUUUGCCGAGCUUGAGAAAAUAAAACUUGCGCCCAUUCGAGUUGAAGCGGCUGCGGAUAACUUAACUGAGGAAGAAAUUGAGGCGAAACUGCAAAGUCUGGCGAAUGAAAAAGCGACGCCAAAAGACUUUCUUAGCAUGCUCAGCGAUGUUCAAAUUAACAAGCCGAAAGAGCUCGAGGAAAUUGAACGGGCGCAAAGAGCGUCUGAUAAAUACAAACCAAAACGACGAGAAAAUGCUGGCGAGCCCUUGGAACUACCACGCGGCAAAGCUUACCCUCCUAUGCUAGUGGACAUCAUUUAUAAUCAUCAGAUAAAUCCUCAACAUUGGAAUGUGGAAAAUUUAGCAGAAGAAACACGUCUUCGAGAGUCAGAUAUUGAAAUGUUUCUCAAGAACUUUGACUUGAUUAAUGAACACUCAAAUAUUUUUAUCGAGGGCGAAGGGCCUAAUGCCAUCGCCGGCGAGGAUCAAUUCUCGCCACUCGACGACAUGCCUAAACAGAUAUCUAAUUAA